AUUCAUUUGCGUAUAAUUCUCAGUUAUGUCGACUGGGUUGGAAAUACUAAACUCAAGUGGCCGACAGGAAGUAGUGGAAAGAAAAUAUGUUGGUAUAAGUAGGCGUUUGUAUUUAUGUGGAUAUUUGGGACUUCCUGUAUUAUGGCUUUUUCAUGUUCUAUUUUUCCGACAUGGUAUUGUUGUUAAGCUCAACCUGGGUUCAAGUGUGAAGCAAGAUAUCCGAAAGAGUAAAUUGGCUUUAGUUAUUGUGUCUAGUUUAUUUCUAGUUUGGCUAAUAUUUUUGAGAAUAUGGAAUGGAGGACCGCAAACAAUAGAGAUUUUCUGAAAUCUUUUUUACACUACUUGACAAAGUUUUCAGUUGGACAGUAUGUAUUUCUGCAGACUCAAUACUCAAUAUAUAUAUAUAUAUAUAACAUUUUGCUAUUUACUUUUUUGGCAAUUGAUUUCAACAGAAUAAAAUGUUUGCUAGUUAU